AUGAGGGCCACCCCAUCUUUGCUUCUGCUGUGUGCGGCCGGGGGGAUAGUGGAGGCAACCUCCUACAGAUUUGUCGGACGGGUCAAUCCAAAAACAAAAGAGCUCACAUGGCCGAGUACCGGUGUUGCAUUCACUUUCACGGGUACCGCAGCUUCGAUCAACAUCAACAGUGUGAGCGGCAACUCAAGUGUUGAUCUGUACAUUGACGGGAAGGAGCCUAUCGUCAUCCCCAAUGUCAACGGCACUUCCAUCUCCACGCCUCAGCUCGUACGUGGGAAACAUACGGUUGAGCUACGUAAACGCUCAGAAACGUAUUUCGGCACAUUUCGCAUCACGGACGUCACAGCAAAUGGAGCUCUGAGCGCGGGCAAGGUGCCGAACCGAAAGAUCGAAAUCAUCGGUGACUCGAUCUCAGUCGGCUAUGGUCUCGACGGCGUCAAUCCUUGCACAAAUACAGCUUUUCUGGAAGACAAUCCGCAAACGUACGGUGCUCUGGCAGCAAAUGCUGUUGGUGCCGAUUACAGCGUUGUCGCCUGGAGUGGGAAGGGACUGUACAGAAAUUAUGCGUCAACACCUCCAGAUGAUGCAGUAACGAUGCCCAUCCUGUAUACAAGAUACGGCGCCAAUGAUGCAGACAACAGCUUCACGUUCCCAAGUUCAUGGGUCCCAGAUGCCGUCGUAAUCAAUCUCGGCACGAACGACUUCAGCUACCUGGGUGUCCGUGAUCCGGCCAACCCUGCAACCCUCACGGCUGCUCUCGUUGCCUUGAUGACGAAGGUCAACAAGAAGUAUCCGAGAGCAAAGAUCUUCCUGGUAUCUUCUCCACUUCUGAGCGAUACCUACCCUACAGCAGCCGAUGCUCAAAAGUCCACCCAAUUGAAAGUGUACAAAGACGCUGCUGCUCAACUUCGGAAAGUGAAGACUCGCAUCGUGGAUUGGCCCGGGCAAGGGUCAGAUGUGGGCUGUGAUUACCAUCCCAACGCUGCUACACACGCAAUUGGAGCUAAACUUCUUGAAGACGCUUUGAAGGCCGAGAUGGGGUGGUAG